AUGGGCUGCGCUGAUGUGGUUUCAGAGGACCAACCACAAGUCGAGGAGUCAGAGGCGGUUAAGAAGCUAGAGGUUGUGGCUGAGAAGAUCAUUGAAGACGAGAAGACCUUACGCUUUAUCGCAGCGCCGAUCCUCGUGCGGGAGAACAAUAAGGAGACAAUGCUGCCACCUGUGAAACAGGUGCAAGAGCUUGUGUCCCCUGACCUUUUCUUCAUCUCGUCAGAGACUACCUUUGAACGUGUGUUUAUCUUUGAAGGGCAGGUUGCCGAGGAUGUCGCCCCUGCGGACGCACUAUCAGCCAUGCAACAGCGUUUGGUUUCAUCCGGACUGGACUCUGUUGAGUUAUUCUUGCAGCGAUGCAUUGAGCCCUCCAAGAGUGCGCUGCUGGUGAUGCUAAAGGAAGACAUAUUGAUUCCGGAAAGCCUUGGCUCGAGCCUUUUGCCCGGGGAAUGGAUCCCGGAGGACUCGAGACUGAAAGACAGAUCAAGGUAUGGCUAUGGCCUAUUGCUGCUUCAGAUUUGUCUCAUCCCAGUACUCUUCAUGGCACAAGAUUUGACUGUGCGCUUGGGCAUUUGCACUGGCAAAGGCCAUAGUGCCUGCAUUCGAGAGCAUUUUGGUCCACGUUGGUGCUGGUUUGCUACCACCCUAUUGCUGGUGGAGUGCGUGGUCGCUAUGGUGUCGGAAAUGAGUGGGGUGGCCGCUACAGGAAGGCUUUGGGGCAUGAAUCCACUUGUCUCUGUCGUGGUGGCCUCUUUUGUCAUCAUUGGGGCAGUGCUUGGCCUGUCGUAUCGACAGAAUCCUCGCCUCAUCAAGAUUGAAGUGAUUGGUGUCACCUUGGGAGCCUUUGAGAUGACCUUUCUCAUCACCAUGCUCUACUAUCAUCCCUCUGUGGGAUCUAUGCUCCAGGAUGCAUUGGACCACGUUGCUGAUCCCGAAUAUAUGAAGCUCAUCUCUGCGAACAUUGGAGCGGUGAUCAUGCCGUGGAUGAUCUACUUUCAGCAGAGUGCUGUGGUUGCACGACGCAUGCGCACCUGCACCGAGAUGGACCAGGAAAGGACUGGAACUUUGGUUGGGAGCAUCACGACGCAGCUCAUUAUGAUUGGAGCACUGGUGACACUUGCAGCAGCAAAGUCCGGAAAUCGAGAUCUCAAAAGCAUGGAGGAGAUUGUCCGGGCCAUCAGCCCAGCUUUCGGUGUGGUAGCCUCCAAGGUCUUGAUUUCUAUGGCCUUCCUGGGUGGCUCAUUGUGCGCAGCCUUCGUGGUGGCCCUGGCGGCCACUUGGGCGCUUUGUGAGGCCGCCAGCCUGGAGGACGCCUACGCGUUGGAGCAAUCGCCUACAGAUGCGCCCUUUUUCUACGGUAGCUUUCUAAGCGUAGUUGUACUUGGGGCAUUGGUCCUUUUGUCUGGCGUGAACACCGUUCGGCUGAAUGUUUGGGUGGAGCUGCUCGACGGUAUACUGAUGCCUGUAGCUGUGGGCUUUCUCUACUUGCUUGCCAUCAGUGAGGUGGUCCCCGAGCCAGUGCGAGUGAAAGGAGCCUACAAAUGGGUCACAGGAUGUGUUUUUACCAUCGUUGCCGCUAUAUCCAUCACAACUGCCGGCGGUGGCUUCAUCAGCGAGCACUUGAAGGACACGCAGAUCAUCGGCUAG